CCCCAACACAACUAUGCUGAAACCCCCAAGACCAACCUAUCCAGAACUAGUAUCCCAUCUUCAGAACUUUGAUCAGAGAUGCAGCUGGUUUUUGUCUCAAACAGAUAUUGCACACACACACAGAGUCAUCAACAACUUGCUUUCUAUGGACAACAUCGUCAACAACGCUCUCAACAACCAUCCUCAAUCUAUCGUGGUAACACAUCAAAAUUCACUUCAAAUGGGAGAGGCUUCCAAGCACAACAAUACAGGGAACACAAUAGAAUCCCCACCACAGCAGACACACAACGACGUCCUCCACCCCUAGGAGAACACCGGAUGACACAAACAGAAAGAGACAAUUUUCGCAAUGAAAAAUGUCAAUAUUGUGGGACAGAAGGCCACAUUGCCAAGAUAUGUUGGUAGAUACCGAAGAAAUCUUUCAACAAUGAAGAAAUCCCACACGCACUUGCAGCUUUAACUAUGGACAACACUUUAGCAGAAACAAAAUGGACAACCGAUACAGGUGCCUCCAACCAUAUGACAGGACAAUCAGGAAAUAUAGAGAACAAGGAAACAACCCCAAGCUGCAGCCCUCUGCCAGGAAUUACACAGGAGCAAAAUACACCUGCCAUACAGCUUCCCCAAGACAGCAGACUACAACCAGCGGGGUCUCCUGCACCACCACAGGGACAGCAGUAACAGUGUAUCCUGUAACAGAUCGUGUAGCAGCAGAAACAAGCUCUGAAGCAGCAAUAGAGUUUACAGCAGCAGAUUCUACAGUAGAAGCAAUGCUAGAAUCCAUAACAGAUGUUGCAACAAAUCUCACAGCAACAGGGAUAAUAACAGAUCCUACAGUAGCAGAUUCUCCAGCAAUAACAGACUCUACCCCAAUCGUGACAGUCUCCACAAUAGACCCUGCAAAAAUAGCAUCCGAGGCAGCUACAACUCAUCACCCAAUGAUCACUCGUUCCCAAUCAACAGAACAGGCAAAAUCCUCACGAGCAGAGCCUACAUCAACAAUUCUACAACAGUCUCAAGGAUAA